AUGCGCUGCUUUUGGAGCGCUGCUGCGGCAUAUUAUUGUGACUAUAAGUGUGACGUCUGGUGUCGUCAGGCAUGUCCAUAUUACAGACAAUUUUCGGCGAUAUGGAAUGCGAGAAUAAAUGUGGCCGCUGUCUCACAAGGAUGCAAAGGAAUAAUAAGUGUAGCCGGAUUUUGUCAUUAUCUGCAGGACUUGAUCUACAAAAGCCAAAGGGCAAAGCAGCUGAGACUUACGACUCAAGAAUUGACUAUAGUCGAGAACAUGGAACGAUACACAUGGAGAGAUUGGUGCAACGGUCGUGAUCCAUUCAUGGGACCAAACUGUCACCUGCCAUGACAUGUUUUCUCUUAUUUGAGUUACAUUGUGUAACUCUAGAAAGGUCGCCGCAAACCUUC